GUCUUCUGGAGCUCACGUAUUUUGCCAGUGCCUGUGACGCCUUUUUUUCAUCGUUCCACUCCAUCAUUCGAUAGUCACAAAUCCUUGAGCCCUCCUAAUCCGCCUUCCGUUUCUCCCACGUUAUCCUCGCACCCUGUAGGAUGA